GGGGGACUUGACCCUGCUCUUCAUGGCUCGGGAGCGGAGAGAUUUCUCUCCCUCGGGACCCAGCAGGAGACGCAAUUGAGGAGUCUGGACUGGCCGGGCUUAAAGAGUUUCAAUGUUCUGACUUGGUCUAAGAUGAAGGUAUGGAAGUUUGCAGCCAUUGCCUCGAUGCUCCUCAGUUCCAUGUUGUCCAUUUUAGUUUGUAGAGACAUGCUCAACAGAAGCCGGAAAUACAGCCCCUUCCCUUCCUCGCCGUCAAGGUCAGCCUCCUCUUCUGCCUUGCCUGUAGGUCAGCGGAGAUCCCCGCGAGCCCUGGAGCGCCGUGACCCGCUGAUCUCUCAAUACAGUACCUUGUUUGAAAGCUACACGGAGGGUGAAAUCCGGCAGCUGAUCUCCACGCUGGUCGAGAGGUACAGCCAGUCCAUGAACUCCGGGGGGCAUGAGCUGCCGCUCUUCCCCAAGCCUGGGAACCGCAUGAAGCGAGCCCGGGCCCGCCACAAACCCUGCGCCCUGAAGGAGCUGGAGGUGAGCGUCAGCGAGCUGGGCCUGGGCUACGAGUCAGACGAGAUCGUCCUGUUCCGUUACUGCACUGGUACGUGCGAGACAGCCAUCAGGAACUAUGACCUCUCCCUGAAGAACAUGAGGCUCAAGAAGAAGAUCAAAAAGGAGAAGGUGAGAGCCCGGCCUUGCUGCAGGCCUCUCGCGUACGACGACGAUGUCUCCUUCCUGGACACUUACAACCGCUACUACACCGUCAACGAGCUGUCGGCCAAGGAAUGUGGCUGCGUGUGAAGUGGGGAAAGGGAACCUGGGAAGGUUGAUGUCUGGAAGGCAGCGCCCAAAAGCCAAGAGGGCGAGGGCCUAAAGGGACAUUGCUGCGUUCCGAGAGUGAAGGGAACUAAGAGGGGACCCAGGCUCCGAGAGAGUCAAGAAGGCAACUGUUUCCAAGUCUACCUCAGUUCUGUGGUUGGACUCUAGGGGCAACAGGGAAACUCUUGAUGCCGGGUUGUGUUUUGAGAGAGAUCGAGGGGCCUUUCAACACUUCGACAGGUGCCUCCGCGCUCCCCCCGCCAGCCCGGUGCCCCUGAGCGUUGGGAUGCUCUAAGAAGGAGGAGCUGGGGAAUGGAGAGGUAGGAGGAAACACCUGCUGAUUUCCUCAGGGAUGCCGGCAUCAGUCACAGCACCAGCCUGGCAUCCACAUGGGCUUUUAUUUUAUUGCUCUCACGAAGGGGUUUAGCAGGAAAGUUUUGCUGACCAAGUAUUUCGAGUCCAAAAGGUGCCAGUCGCCCUUGUCUUUGGAUGCAAUUGGGCGGCCAGCUCCGGAACUGCGAUCCAGUCGGAAAGGCGGAGUCAGAUUGGCAUUCCUAGUCCUACGAAAACUGAGGCCUCUUCUCAGAGGCUCCCCUCCGAGACGGAUUGCGGCCUAAAGAGAAUUGCUCCAGGGCAUGGAGUUCACGUGGAUGGAACCUUUUUGGGUGCAGAUAAAUGACUGAGCGGUCAAGAAAUAUUCUUUUAUAUCCUAAGAUCAUAUCUUACCCUUAUUUUAUUGUAGACAUGCAGUAUAUUCAUGCUCUGUAAAUAUACAGGAAUAUAUAUAUAGAGAGAGAGAGAUAAAUAUUGGUGGCAAUCGCAGAAUACUAUCAUUCCUUCACAGCCAUUCUGCCAACGUUCUAGUGAGGUCAAUGGACAACUAUUGGAUGCUUCCCUGGGCCAGGAUAGUGAUCUUAACAAACUGUCCAGUUGGUGGUUUUAACCAGAGAGAGGGGGAGGAAGAGGAUUGGCGUGGGAACAUGGGGCUGAUGAGAAUUUCAAAGCUGCCUUAAUUUUUUAAUAGGAACUGGGUGCUCUGAUCUCCUAGGCAGCCUUGAACAUCUCAACUUUACGCAUCCGUCAUAUUGACAUUCAGGAUGAGGCAUUGAGGCAGUCAGGAAAUGUGAUGGUUGAGAAAGAAGCCAUAAUUUCCCAUGUUUCUACUGCUUUGAGCACCUCCUUUGCUUUCCAUCUGGCAGGCCUUCUAGCUUGCUGAAAUAAACCACCAUGCCCCUCCUGGGACUAGCUUUGCAGGGACACGGCAAUAGAGUUACUGGUGGCCGUGCUCCAGCUCUACACUACAAACUUGCAGCUAUCGUGCUUCCGGUGAAGACGCUCUAAGCAGACGACAGAGAGCUCUCGUGCCGGCUUAAUAAUUCCACCACCGCGAGAGGCGGCAGCCAUCCCUGUCUACACGGGGGGUUGUCAGUAUAACCACGUUGCUCAGGACUGUGGAUUUUUCACAUCCCUGAGUGGUGACGUUAUACCAAAGUAAGCGUGUAGUGUAGACCUGGCCUAAGACCUGGGUUUGCAAAGGAGUCUCAGGGCAUGGGUACACUUGCAGUUGUAGAAACCCGCCUUCGGAGACUGCAGCAGGGAAAACGCUGCCGAGUGUUUACACUCUCAGGUGGAAGCGCACUGGCAUGGCCACAUUAGCAACUCUUGCAACGCCACAGAGAGCAGUGCAUUGUGGAAGCUAUCCCAGCAUGCAAGUGGCUGCAACGUGCUUUUCAAAAGG